UAAAGAUGAUGAUGAGUUAACCAUCGGAUGAAAUUUACAUUAUCAGUAUCAACUAUGUUGAAAUUGAGUAAUCUCUUUGACUGAAACGGUGAAAAUUCAUGAUCGAAAAAAUUGACGCAUGAUUAUUUAAAUGAUUUAAUGAGAGGCAAAAAUGAGUGUAAAUUAUCAUUAACACCAAACACUGGAGUAAAAGUUUGUCAACUUGAAAGGCAAAGUUUCAAAUCAACUUUAAUUUAGUGUCAACAAUUGAACAACCACAACAAGACAAUUUAAUUGUGCUCAUUAAAAACGCAGACAAUCACAGCAACAAACAACUCAAAGGGAAAACAAAAGCAAACAAAAGAAGACAAAUUUCACCUCUAAUUGUGGCCCAAGAAUCAAACAGUAAUUGAAAAUUUAAACCAACAAUUUAACCCAACAAUAUUCAUCUGAUCAAGUAAAGCAAAUUUGAUUGUAAUUUUACCUUUAAAUUGCAGUUGAACAAAAGUAAUUGAUGUCAAGCCUCAAAUGGAUAAAAAAUAGUCAAUUGUGAAGAUUGCCUUUUCAAAUGUUUACCGUUGAUGUAACUUUACUUUAAAACACAUUUUCCAAUAUAAAAUUACAAGGAAAACAAAUCAAGACGAUUGUAAAUUCAUUGUUUCACUUCAUCAUGGAUUGAUAACGAUUGACCUUUGAAAGGUAGAAAAGAAUCGAACAUUCGCAAAGUGAAACAUUUAAAGUAAAGGAUAGACUAACUGGGUGAGAGAGAGUGGGAGUUGGGGUGGAAAUAAAAACAAAAUUAUCCUCAUUAUUGUCAUCAUUAUGAUUCGACUCAUCAUUAGAAUUAGUUGAAUUUAAUUUGGCAUUUUGGGUGAAGAGGCGAGGUAAUCAGUGAAUGGCAAAAACUGCAGAUUUUCAGGUUAACCUAGAUAAUGAUGCAAGUUUGACAGAAUAUCCAAUCAUAAUUGUACAAUUUGAUUACAAAAGAAAACAAUUUUGGUGCAAUUUCACGGUUCCCUGCAGGUGAACAAUCUUGAAGAAGAGGCAUUUCCAGAGGAAUCAUAAAAGUGUAACAAUUUACAUCAUCUAAUUGUGCUGAUUAAUUCAACCUUCAAACUUUGGUUUAAUCGGGAAAAAUGAUGUUCUCACCAUUUUUCCCUUUACUUUUAACUGUGUUGCAACUUUUUGAAACUUCAACAUCAUCACAUUCAUCACCGACUAAAUCAUCAACAUCAUCACUGUCAACUUUGCCCUCUGUUUUUGCACCAACUUCAUCAUCAUCUUCAAGAUCAAUUCCAUCAUCAUCUGUUGCUGUUUCAUCGCUAUCUUUACCUUCACCAUCUUCACCAUCGUCAUCUCUUUUAUCCGCUGACCGAACAUUUUCAAGGUCCAAACCACCCUUUACACCAUUAAAUCCUUCAGUGAAUAAAGUCAAUAACAAUAUUAAUAGCAAUAGAAUACAAAAGACUAAAUUGAUUGAUCUAAGGUCAACCCUUGAAUGUCAUAGACGAGAGUUCACCUUUAAUGCCUCUAGAAGCGAUGGUUUAGGACGAAAGUGCUGGGGUUUGGUAACGUCAAUGUCCUGUUGGGGACGAUGUGAUUCAAUGGAGAUUGCAGAUUAUAAAUUUCCCUACAAACAAUCAUAUCAUAAAGUUUGUAUUCAUAACCGGAAAGCUAUAAGAACAACCCUUUUACCAUAUUGUGAUAGAGGAGUUCACCAAUCCUUAAAGAUUUACAAAUACGUAGACGCAAUUAGCUGUAGCUGUCAAUUUUGUGAUUCAUCAAUUGCGAGUUGUGAAGGUUUCGAUGCCAUUGAAAGGUAUCUUAUGCGUUCCUCGAUCAACGAGAUAUAACACAUGAAAACGUAUCAACAUCAUCAGCAUAUCUCGAGUCAACUAAACAAAAGAGAAAAAAGUUUUUUCUUCGUUUUUCCAAAACCUCUUCUAAUCCCAUGACAAUUUCAGCUUAUCAUUUUCAGCUUACAAUUUUGCUCUCUUUCAGUUGCUUUAAAUUGUUUGAUGAAAUUACUGUUUAAUUAAAGUUAACGAAGAGCAAAAGGUAGGAAACAAAACUAAUGUAAUAAACGAAUCAAGUUGUUCAUUCAAUUCUCAAAUAACAUGAAAUGUAUCAUUUUACCGUUUAUUUUAAACUUUCAGCUUUUACUUCUUAUGUUAUGCAAUAUCCACUUUCAUACAAUCCAUCACAUAUUCAUCUUCAUCCCAAUUCAAUAACAAUAAAGACUUGUU